CUUGACACAUUGUGUUCCCUCUCCGCGGAGCAGAGUCUGAAACAAGUUCCAGUCCGUCGAGUUCCUCCGGUUCUUCUUAACCCGUGUACAACCGGAGGUUCUGUUCUAAUUUGUUGGUGAACACAUUUGAAGAGUAAAAUGUGUUUUUGUAAAGAAGACGAGUUCAUCCGCUAAUUGCCGCUGUAAGUUGAUCACAUUAAAAGUUAACGUUGCUUGCUAAAGCUAACGACUGUCUGACCCGGAUCGAGCCCGAACUGCUGACAAACAUUUGUUUUGUUGUUCGGCUUCUUUCGUGGGAACUUUUCGACCUAAAGUUGACCAAACAUCGGGAUCCGAAAGUUGGAAACUUUCCGUUGAAGUUGAGUGAAAAUGGAGCCCGAGAGCUAACAGUGUGCGCAUGCGCGGUCCCCGUUCCGCCUUCUUCCCCAUAGUUUGCACCUUGUUUGUCUCCUGCCCGGAGGUGAACCACGGAACCGGGAUGGCCGCCGACUCCACCGUCAGGUUCACCCUGCUCCAUCGGACCUGUAAGCUGGUCGUACUGCUGUGUUUCCUCCACAUCUCCGUCACCUUCUUCUUCUACGUCCGCUCUCUGGACAUACGGUUCGCCUUCGUCCAGAACCAGCAGUCCCAUAACGUCUCCACACAGGCGAACCGGGUCGUUGACCUAGACUUCACCUCCGAAACUGAACCAAAGGAGGGCGAAACCAAGAAAGCGGAGCCAGCUGAGCUGGUCCCAAAGGAGGAGACGGGGGACGAGUCGCAAGCUCCGGAGGACGAGAAGAAGAAGGCGGAAGAACCAGAGAAGAAGCUGGAGAAAUGUCCCGAGACAUCGCCUCUGUUGGUGGGGCCUCUGCGGAUAGAGUUCAACACCCCGGUGAACCUUGAUCAGAUCAAGCAGAUGAACCCCAACGUGCAGCCGGGGGGGCGUUUCCGACCUGGAGACUGCGUAGCUCUGGCAAAGGUGGCCAUCAUCAUCCCCUUCAGGAGACGAGACGAGCACCUGAAGUUCUGGCUCUUCUACCUGCACCCCAUCCUGCAGAGACAGCAGCUAGAUUACGGAGUCUACGUCAUCAACCAGGACGGAGAGGCAGUCUUUAACCGGGCCAAGCUGCUAAAUGUGGGCUACCGGGAGGCCCUGAAGGACUACGACUACGAGUGCUUCGUCUUCAGUGACGUGGACCUGAUCCCCAUGGACGACCGCAACAUCUACAGGUGCUUCAGUCAGCCCCGACACCUGUCCGUCUCCAUGGACAAGUUUGGCUUCAGGCUGCCCUAUAAUCAGUAUUUUGGAGGCGUGUCUUCAAUGAGUAAAGAACAAUACCUGAAGAUAAACGGCUUCCCCAACAACUACUGGGGCUGGGGAGGAGAAGACGACGACAUCUUCAACAGGUUGUCCUCUAGAGGAAUGUCCAUCUCCAGGCCCAGUGGAGAUGUGGGGAAGUGCAGGAUGAUCCGCCACGACAGAGACAAGCAGAACGACCCCAACCCUCAGAGGUUCGACCGGAUCGCUCACACCAGAGACACGAUGCACAAAGACGGCAUCAACUCUCUCUCCUACAACGUGGUGAAGACGGAGCGCUUGGAUCUCUUCACUAAGAUCACAGUGGACGUGGGGAAACCAUGACGACCAGCGGCAGGGUCAGCUGACUCCAACAUCAGACCUUCACCAUGGACCUUCAUAGGAAAAGGAGACAACCACCACCUUUAUUGGAGGGGGAUUGUGGGUAAUAAGGGGCGGGGCAUCUCCCUCAUCACGGCAGAGAGGAGCUUUUAUGUGAUGGAGCCUAAAUUUCACUUCCUUUCCAUGUGCAACCUUCAGUUUCGACUCUCAAACCAAAGUUUAGUACAUGUUUCAUAGUUGCUGUCUUUCAGUUAACUUCUACUGACAAUGUACUCAAACGUUUUCCUUCCUCCAAACAUACUGGCCUCAGAAGGAACGCAGUGACUUCCCACCAAAACAAUCACCCCUCCCACUUUAAUUCAUAUCUCAUGCACUACGGAGGCCUUACUGGAGGUGUUGUCUCCACGACAACGAUCAUUAUUCAUCAUCAAAAAACUGGAAAUAUUCCAGAUGUGAUGCUAACGCUAGCUGUUGUGGCUAGCUCCAGCCUUGUGCCCCAUGUUGUCUCGGGACUUUUAGUCUUGAGCAGUUCUCUUGAUAAUCAGGUUUAAUCCUCCAAUUGAUCAGCUUCCAGCCAAAGUUGAACCAUCAGACUGAGUCAGGAUCUUAUAAGUGUCCUUAUAAGAGCGUAAACAUUUAUUGAUCCAGUUUGGACCAAAGAAUGCAACAGAUUCUCGCAAUAAUAUAUCUGUGUGUGUAUGUGUGCGCCUUCAGACCAACAACCUGCGAUAAGUGAAUGAAUCACUGUUAAAGUGCCUUAAAAUGAAUGCAGUCUAACUGGUGUGACUUGAUGAACCCGUCUGUAAAUGUAUGGAGAUAAAAAUAGAAGUAAAGAAUCAAA